AUGCGAACUCUUAAGCACCACGAGAAGAAACUCCUCAGAAAAGUAGACCUUCUAGAAUGGAAAGGCACUUCCACUGUGAGAGAGCAGGCAGUCACUAGAAGGUAUCAGCUCCAGGACAGGGAGACGUAUACAAAGUACAACUACAUCGUGGGGAUGAUAAAAAGACUCUCCCUCGCCCUGGCUAAACUCAACGAUAACGAGCCAAUGAAGCAAAUCCUCGUUCGGGAGCUGUCGAGUCGCCUUUUCUCUCUCGGCCUGAUCAACGCAAAGACUCUUUUAGAGUGUGCGGGCAUUUCCGUCGCUGCUUUCUGCAAGAGAAGGCUCAGCUCUGUCCUGGAAAGCACGAAAAUAGUCCCAGAUAUAAAGACAGCAGUGACUUUCAUAGGAGAUGGGCACAUAAAAGUGGGGACGGAAAUCGUCACUGAUCCCUCCCUCAUCGUAUCCCGAACUAUGCAGGACUACAUCACGUGGAGAGAAGGAUCUGCCGUAAAACGAACAAUCGAUGAGUUCACAGAGUAA